GGUCGCGUCUGCCGCAGAGACAGGGUGCGGCCUGGUUGGGGGCAAGGGCGCGAGCGCGGGCCCAGCUCCCAGGCAGGCUGUGCGCGAGCGGCCCCUGCUCGGCGGCUCACGGGUCCCCUGCGCGUCCCCGCCCUGCCCCGGACCACGGCCAGGCCGCUGCCCGCGUCCGGGAAGGGUAAAGCUUUAGCGGAUCCGUGGGCGCGGAAGGGACGGGGCCGCAUUGUCUGCAGGCGGGGCGGGACUGACAGGAAAGCGAAAGGGUUCACUCCUGUGGACUCCACAGUGCCCCUUGCUAUCAGCAAAGGCUUUCUCUCCCCCUCCUCCAGCUCCAGCCUGAGCCAUGUUUUUCACCUGUGGCCCAAACGAGGCCAUGGUGGUCUCCGGUUUCUGCCGGAGCCCCCCAGUCAUGGUGGCUGGAGGACGUGUCUUUGUCCUGCCCUGCAUCCAGCAAAUCCAGAGGAUCUCUCUCAACACACUGACCCUCAAUGUCAAGAGUGAAAAGGUUUACACUCGCCAUGGGGUCCCCAUCUCAGUCACUGGCAUUGCCCAGGUGAAGAUUCAGGGCCAGAAUAAGGAAAUGUUGGCAGCUGCCUGCCAGAUGUUCCUGGGCAAGACGGAGGCUGAGAUUGCCCACAUCGCACUGGAGACGCUGGAGGGCCACCAGAGGGCUAUUAUGGCCCACAUGACUGUGGAGGAAAUCUAUAAGGACAGGCAGAAAUUCUCAGAGCAAGUUUUCAAAGUGGCCUCCUCAGACCUGGUCAACAUGGGCAUCAGCGUGGUCAGCUACACCCUGAAGGACAUUCACGACGAUCAGGACUAUUUGCACUCCUUGGGGAAGGCUCGAACAGCUCAAGUCCAAAAAGAUGCUCGGAUUGGGGAAGCGGAGGCCAAGAGAGACGCUGGGAUCCGGGAAGCCAAAGCCAAGCAAGAAAAGGUGUCUGCUCAGUACCUGAGUGAGAUCGAGAUGGCCAAGGCGCAGAGGGACUACGAGCUCAAGAAGGCUGCAUAUGACAUUGAGGUCAACACCCGCCGAGCACAGGCUGACCUGGCCUAUCAGCUUCAGGUGGCCAAGACGAAGCAGCAGAUCGAGGAACAGCGGGUCCAGGUGCAGGUGGUGGAGCGGGCCCAGCAGGUGGCAGUGCAGGAGCAGGAGAUCGCCCGCCGGGAGAAGGAGCUGGAGGCCCGCGUGCGGAAGCCGGCGGAAGCCGAGCGCUACAAGCUGGAGCGCCUAGCAGCGGCAGAGAAGUCCCAGCUGAUCAUGCAGGCAGAGGCAGAAGCCGAGUCCGUGCGGAUGCGUGGGGAAGCGGAGGCCUUUGCCAUAGGGGCCCGAGCCCGGGCUGAGGCUGAGCAGAUGGCCAAGAAGGCAGAGGCGUUCCAGCUGUACCAGGAGGCUGCUCAGUUGGACAUGCUGCUGGAGAAGCUGCCCCAGGUGGCAGAGGAGAUCAGUGGUCCCUUGACCUCGGCCAAUAAGAUCACACUGGUGUCCAGUGGAAGUGGGGCCAUGGGGGCGGCCAAAGUGACCGGGGAAGUGCUGGACAUCCUGAGCCGCCUGCCGGAGAGCGUGGAGAGACUCACAGGCGUCAGCAUCUCCCAGGUGAACCACAAGCCUCUGAGAACAGCCUGAGCCCUCGACCUUCGCGAUGCCCAGCCUCAUAACUCAAGUUGCCUGAAUGGUCCCAAUACUGCAUGCACUUCAGCUGGCUCCCCAAGCACAUCCUUUGACAGCGGAGUUCCACCGCUUGUCUCUCCUCGCCAAAAAGCCCGUCCCUUGCCUUGGAAAGGAAGGGUUGCUCCCUUUUCCAGCCCCAUACUGCAGACUGCCAGUCCCAUGCCAGCCUUCUGAUGAUCCCACCCCCAACUUAUUUAACUUAAUCUACUGUCUGAGCCUGUUGUCCAGAAUUCUUCCUUGACCAAGCCUUGAGGGGUGGUCUGCAGGUUCUCAACUUUGCCAAAUAAAUUGCUGUUAAUAAGUACUGAUACUUAUGAACAGUUAAUAUAGCAGAACUAAUUCAAAAUGAAUGCUAGAAUGUAGCUUUUGCCUUUGCCUUCAAUAGGCUUUUUACAAUGGGAGAGGCAGUAGUUACUUGUAUGUUGUUAUAGAAUUAAUCCCCCUCCCAACCCUGAAGUUGGUUAUAGUCAGCAAAGCGUGCUGAAGUGGAAGCAAUAUCAAUAACUGCAUUCGUCCCUAGAAUUACUGAAAACACGGCCAAGGGAAAUUGUUACAUUUGUUCAAUUUCCAGGGCAGCUUUGAGACUAUUGUGCUCCUUGAAGCAUGAGGUAUUAGAUGGAACAGUUUAGAAUGGGACCAUGGUGUGACAUCCCUCACUAGUGAUUUUUUGCCUUAGGCUGAGAAAAUCCACAGGAUUACAGAAAUCAGCGUUACCCAUAACAGAAAGGAACCCUGGAUGCACUGUGCAUUUGAGAUCCUUCUGGAGUACUGUUAAAAACAGACUGCUGGGGUCCAACCCAUUCUGGUUCAGUACAUCUGGGCAGGAUCGUUCAAGGGGAUGCUGAUCUUGCAACCACUUGACGUUCAUCUCAGUUCCCUUUUCUGUCCCUAGAUCCUGCAUCUGGGCCUAUACCUACCCCAGUUACUAAGACAGGUACAGGUGGUGGGUACCAGGGAUUAAGGUGUAAGGAUAUUCUUCUCAUUAGUUUAUGGGAAGUAGAAUGUAUCAUAUAACUGAACUUGAGCCCCAUGCCUCCACGAGCAAUCUUUCCCUGAAUGAGCACACAUCUCACAACUUUUUUUUUCAAUUCCCGUUUAUUUUUGGCUCUUGGGGCAAUGUCAUCUUUUCAAUAUGAAAAAAAGCAGCAAGUUCAACACAAUAGAAAUCUGAAGUGUAGAAUAGGACAAAACCAAGGGUAGGGGGGAAGGCAGUAGCAAAAGUAAGAGAUGAGGUGUUGCCAAAGGAUGGAGAGUGUCCUGCCCCCUCUCUGGGGAAUGACAUUUAGGUGGUAGCACAUAGCUUUCCAUAUAGGUACAGAAGGGGUGAUAGUCAUUUUUUUCCAUAAGAAAAGAUAGGGCUGGGGAGUGGCUUUCUGGAGGCUUAGAGACUACUCUCCCUUGCUCCUCUUGACCCCCUUUUCUGACCAGGGGAAAGGAAGGAAUCCAACAUUACGAGGGAGGUAAAGUGGAAGAGGGGAGGAUCCCCCCUUUGACAGGGUGGUGGCCAGAACCUUGCAAAGGAAAUAGCUCAGGACAGAGCUUGGAGGGAGAUUGAAAAUGGAGAUAAUACUGUUAACACCUCCCCAGAAGCUGAGAGGAGCAGAGAGCUACCUGGAAACUAGGACUUCAAUAGUCUGGAUGCCCCUCUCCAAAACCCCACCCCUUCCCAGUAGGGACUUCUACCUGCUGCUUCGUUUCCUUUCCCCUGGGCUACCACAUGGGCCUAGGAUGGCAGUCACCUAUCCGGAUUAUCAGCACAUGGUUCUGAAUGGGAUUUGAUGAGACUCAGCUUCUUGAGAGUUUAUCUUGAAAACAAAGAGGGAAAUGUUAACUGGACAGAUGGGAGAAGUGGGCACCAGAAGGAAAUACAGGGUUACCCAGAAUGGCAGAAAUCUAGGUUCCCCAGAGUGGAAAGAGAGAGGAGACAUUCAACAAACAACAGAUAUUUAUUGAGCGCCUAUUAUGUGCCAGGCACUGUUCUAGAACCCCCCCCCAAAAAAGAAAAAAAAAGAUAGGCAGAAAA